AUGGCUACAGACCCUAAUCCUCAGCUCGAGACGGUAGUCGUCUCUAACCCCGAGAUCCUCUCUGUAACAGAAGCAGACCCCUCCGACUCGUCACAAUUGACCAUUCCGGAUCCACAGCUUGACGAUGGCUCUGCCACACCGGUCACGCCUGCAGCAGCAGAAGCAAAAGGAGAGGAAUCAUCGUACAAACUUAUAUUCUGCACUGUCUGUGCAUCAAACAAUAAUCGAUCCAUGGAAGCGCAUUUACAGCUGUCGCGUUCUUAUCCAGUAAUCUCAUUCGGGACAGGUUCAUUAGUGCGUUUACCGGGUCCCUCGAUCACGCAGCCUAAUGUCUUCAACUUUGACUCUACAUCUUAUAAUCAUAUGUAUGAAGAUCUUUAUAACAAGGAUCAGCGAUUGUAUCGCAAUAAUGGAAUCUUGAAUAUGCUUGACCGAAACCGAAACCUGAAAUGGGGUCCUGAGCGAUUCCAGAAUUGGGUACCGGGUCAACCACGUCUAGACCACAUUGCCAAAGGCGAUAAGGGAAGCCUGGGCACUGAAGCGGGUGUUGUCGAUGUUAUCAUCACAUGCGAGGAGAGAUGCUGGGAUGCAGUUGUUGACGAUUUACUCAAUAGAGGGUCACCAUUGAAUCGACCCGUGCAUGUGUUUAAUGUUGAUAUCCGUGACAAUCAUGAAGAGGCCUUGACGGGCGGGAAAGCUAUACGUGAUUUGGCCGAUAUGUUGAAUGCGGCGGCUAAUGAGGAGCGUCGGCUGUACGAUGACCCUGAUGCUUGGGAUAGGGGUGCCAGUGAAGCCAGACAGAGCUUUGAUGAGAAGGUGCCGGAAAUUCUUGGUGCAUGGCAGGAAAAGUAUCCUAAUCUGCCCGCAUUGUGGACAUUGUCGUGGUUUUAA